AUGGCUGCCCUGGGCAUCACAGUUGCCCUGUUGGUGUGGAUGGCCACCCUCAUGCUUAUCUCUGUCUGGAAGCAGAUCUACAGCAGCUGGAAACUACCCCCUGGCCCUUUCCCACUGCCCAUUAUUGGGAAUCUUCUCCAGUUGGAUUUCAAGAAUGUUCCCAAAUCUUUAACCAAGUUGGCAGAGCGGUAUGGGCCUGUGUUCACCUUGUACCUGGGCUCCCAGCGCACCGUAGUUCUGCAUGGCUAUAAGGCGGUGAAGGAAGUCCUGCUCGACUACAAGAAUGACUUUUCUGGCAGAGGAGAAAUCUAUGCAUUUGAGGCACACAAGGAAAAAGGAAUUACGUUCAACAAUGGGCCGAGCUGGAAGGACACCCGGCGCCUGUCUCUGAGCAUCCUCCGGGACUAUGGCAUGGGGAAGCUUGCCAAUGAGGAGCGGAUCCAGAGGGAGGUGCCCUUCCUGAUGGAGGCAUUCCGGAAGACCCAGGGGCAGCCCUUCGACCCCACCUUUGUUCUGGGCUAUGCUCCCUGCAACGUCAUCUCGGACAUCCUCUUCCGCAAGCGCUUUGACUACACGGACCAAACCGGGCUGAGGAUACAGAAGCUGUUCAACGAGAACUUCCACCUGCUCAGCACCAGCUGGCUCCAAUUAUAUAACAUUUUCCCAAGCUAUAUGCGCUACCUGCCUGGAAACCAUAGAAAAGUAAUAAAAAAUGUGUAUGAAAUAAAAAGUUAUACUGCAGCAAGAGUGAAGGAGCACGAGGAGUCGCUGGACCCCAACUGCCCCCGGGACUUCACCGACAGCCUGCUCCUGGAGAUGCGGAAGGAAAGAUACACCAAAGAGCCUUGGUUCACCUUUGACAACAUUGCUGCCACCAUAGCUGACCUGUUUUUUGCGGGUACAGAGACCACCAGCACCACUCUGAGAUAUGGGCUCCUGAUUCUCAUGAAAUACCCAGAGAUCGAAGAGAAACUGCAUGAAGAAAUCGACAGGGUGAUUGGGCCAAGCCGAAUCCCUGCCAUCAAGGACCGGUUAGAGAUGCCCUAUAUGGAUGCCGUGGUGCAUGAGAUUCAGCGAUUCAUCGACCUCUUGCCCUCCAACCUGCCCCAUGAAGCAAUCCAGGACACAAUGUUCAGAGGAUACGUCAUCCCCAAGGGUACGGUCGUGGUCCCGACGCUGGACUCCCUCUUGUUUGACAACCAAGAGUUCCCUGAUCCGGAGAAGUUUAAGCCAGAGCACUUUCUGAAUGAAAGUGGAAAGUUCAAGUAUAGUGACUAUUUCAAGGCAUUUUCUGCAGGAAAGCGGGUGUGUGUUGGAGAAGGCCUGGCUCGCAUGGAGUUGUUCCUGUUCUUGUCCGCCAUUUUGCAGCACUUUAACCUGAAGCCUCUCGUUGACCCCAAGGAUAUCGAUCUCAGUCCCAGCACAAUUGGGUUUGCCAAAAUCCCACCCCGUUACAAGCUCUGUGUCAUUCCCCGUUCGGGUGUGUGA